CGUCCAAAAGUGAAACUAUUUUUCAUUUCAUUUAGUUCUUGGUUUGCCACUCGUUGAAGACAACCGAUUGGUUUAGUUCAUCAUUUUCUUGAUGAUUUUGAUUCGUUUUUUUCCCUUGGUUUUUUUUUCCAACUAUGCACUGAAUAGGGAUUUAUUCAACUUUUUACCUGGAAUUCUUUUUCCAUGUUUUGUGCUACCUAUUCUACGUUAAAACAUGUCUGACCUAAUGACAUUGAAUUCCACUUUAGAAGAAGCGGAGGAGCUGGCGAAACGAUUGAGUGAAGCGUUAAGUGUCGGAAAUGAAGAGGAAGCGUCCACAUUGAGUCGGAAGUUGUGCCGACUCUCUCUGCCGGUGUGCGUUAGCAUCGAAAGAAUGGGCUACACUCAGGACUCCAUUAAGCUGUCUGUAGGUGUGGAGUACGCACAAUCCGAAGACACAACACCAUUGACAGUUGUAGUUUCGUGUGGAAUGACAAUCUCUCAACUCAAAGAUGAGAUUCACAAGAACUAUGGCUUCUCUCAAGCAGUACAGCACUGGGUGAUCGGGAAGCGCCUGGCACGUGACGAUGAGACACUGUAUAGUCAUGGUAUUCGCCGCCACGGCGACCAGGCUUUCCUGUUUAUCCGGUUUCCUCAAGCUAUGCAUCCCAAGAGGCAGCAGCAGCACAACUUGCAGAAUCGCCUUGAGGGUCUCACAGAGUCAAGAGAGGUGAUUAAAGUAAAUCCUGAAGGGAAUGAUAGGAAGGAGUCCUCAUCAGAAGUAGUGCCGUCUGCUCCUCCUCCUCCUUCGCUUCUUCGUACUCCUUCUCUUCUUCGUCCUCCUCCUCCUCCUAAACCUCCCAAGCGUCAGACGGGCUGGGCGUGCCCAAGGUGUACAUUCAUCAACCAGCCAACUCGUCCUGGAUGUAGGCAGUGCAGCGAGGAGAGGCCGAGGGAUUACAGUGUCCCUGAAGCCCACAAGCCAGUCGGGGACGAGGCGGUUCGGAUUCAUCGGGAGGCGGCUGCUACGUUUCUUUUUAAGGAGUUUCAGGUAGCGGACCAACUGGAAGCCUUGCAAAUGCUGCAAACAGACAACCAACCAGAGACCAUCGAUCACAUUUACACCUCUCUUCAGGAUGAGCCCAAGGUUAAGCCCAGGGUUCCCCUACGCGGGAUAAAACCAGGAAAGAAAAAACUACGCAAACUAUUCCAUCAUCCAACGUGAUGUCCUGUUUUCCACCGUCAGCUGCUUUGAGGACACCUGUGAACUGUAAAUUCUUACGAAAACACUCAAAACUCCUCCUUUCAUGUUUAUUAGCAUUCUCUUGUACAGUACAAUUUUACAUUACUAGAAUAUAUUUAUUAAAACAAACAAAAAAGGCUGAAAAAUCUAGUGCAACAUGAAUAACGAUGGCAAACGCGUCAACUUUUUCCCCCAAAUUUUCAGUUAGCAGGCUGUCCAGUGUUUUGAAACAUUGACGGAAAAAAGAAAACGUUGUGUGGACGCGACCCCACAAGCUACAUCACGUAUGUCACUUGUAGGCUAAGCAGUGGUGACAAAAGUGCUAACAACUUAACAAUCAAAACAUGAACGUAUUUGACAGGCAGUGAUUCUCAAAGUGUGUGGGUGUGUCUGCCCCGUGUGGUAACGGGAAGUAAAACCAAAGCGCUGUUGUUUAAAUAUCAAGAACAAUAGUUUUCAACAGAUGAUGUUACUCGUAUAAUAUGUUGCACAUACUAUGAUUACCUUGUUGGGUGUUCCCAGCAGCUCCAAAACCUGUUCAGCUUCCCAGACACCAUCUCGGCUUAUGAAACGUAUAUGACCUCACCACCGAUAGCUGAAGGAAUGUCAACAUAGCAACUCUAAAAAACAGGCGGACGGUGACGCUUGGAGAUUUGGAGUGAAAUGAUAUUAUCAGUGUGCCAUUUCUUUACAGCUUAUUAUAAGAAACUGGUGAAAAGGAUCUUAAUAAUCCUUCAUUUGGUCUUUUUCCUGAUAUCAAAUACCUCAUCAAUGUAAAUAACACACAGUCAACAUGUGUCUAAGUGGCUGCUAAGGCCAUAAUCUUAGAUUUCUAUAAGAAUAACUCAGUCGUUACAAUAACAAGAAGACUAAGAAAUUGUCAGUUCUGAUGUACAGUAAUCCCAAAGAUGUUCACACUUCAGUUCCCUUUAUGGAACCUUUUAAAUCUAGCCAAUCCAUGUUGUGUGUGCUUUUUGUAAAACACCGUAAAUUGCCACAAGAUGGCGCAAAGCACUGCCAAAGGGUGGAAACAGAAAUUCCAGUGGUCAGUUUUAUAGGAUAUUUCGUCAUUGGCUGCCAUCGAUAGAUGUCCAAUCCUAUCCCUGCCAAUGACGGUGAAUGAGUCAAGAUUACACUGAUUUCAAGCUCAGUACCAGACUGAUUGAAACUCAUAAAUAAAGGUAUUACUAGAGUAAACCCAUAACUUUCUGUUUUUGUGUUCAGGUUAAGAAAAAAAUGUCUUUGCUGCCGAGAAAAUAAGUCAGUCGCUAAGUGAGUUGAGAAAUUUAAUUCAGAAGAAUAGUCGUGCUUUGCUACCAUCUUGUGGAAUUUAUAGGCAAUUACAAAGCUCUUAUGUGGCCUCUACAUGUCCCUGGCGGAGAUUACUGUAAUGAUCUUUAAGAUGUCCUUCAUUUAGUUAGGGUUGUAAAGAGGAAAAGUAACUGACUGGUGCUGGUGUGUCCCUAGUUCACGGAAAAAGGUCCAGCUUGGGGGCCCACUCAAGGGCGGUGUUGACCACAGCCAGCGCCGCCGCCCCCAAAGCCACAGUCAGGCCCAUUACCGCCAAGCGUACGAAGCGGCGCGUCACAGACGGUCGGGCCACUACCGAGCGCUCGGGCACCUCUUGCUGCUGCUUCCGCCGACGACGGAGCACCGAGUCGGGUCGCUGUUGCGUCGAAGCCAGGUCAAAGUCCUUAAAGGUGGUGGUCGCCAUGCUGGGGAGGUGGACGGGUAGAGGGGAAACGUUAGGCCUGCCACGUUAGUUUCAGGGUUUGUAAAGGUUUACGUUUAAUUUAAGACUUUUUAAGACCUAAUUAAGUCCAUUUUUAAAAAACGUAAUACUCAUUUCACAGCCGUAUCGACAAAGAAAAACAAAAUCCGUGAAGUUGUGUUUAUUCAUUUCUCGAAAGUGGAUCUUUAGAAUGUGUGCAGGAUGUAAGAAUGAAGCCAUAGACUUCAUAAUGAUACUGACGGGGGACAUUGCCCAGAUACUGCGCCACGCCUUCAAGUAAGGGGCCGUCCCACACUCCGCUUCAGUCGGUCGAAGUCGGUCGCUAUUAUUCUCAAACACAUUAAGCGAUCCAACACCGGAUUUAGGUUGAAAAAGUACGAAAGCUGUACCGCAUACAGAAGGACUGUCUCAAGAGUGAUUUGUUCAAGGAUUCAAGGUAAUUAUGUUUUUCGUACCAUGCAUGCAUUUUGAAACGUUGAAAAAUCAAAGGGAGAAAUUAACCGCUUCGGCAUUGGCGUCAGAAUUCGCAAUAUUUACGUAAAAUAAAUGCUAAAUGCCCAGAUUUUUUGUUUUAACCAAGAAUCCAGACUGUUUCCCGUUCAUAUCGAAUAGAGCUAAAUGCCCGGAUUUUUUGUUUUAACCAAGAAUCCAGACUGUUUUCCGUUCAUAUCUAAUAGAGAAUUCAGCGAUUUAAGCAUUCAUUCACAAGAAUUUUCAACGUAAAAAGCUCUUUAAGGUGAUAAGGCGGCGCCUUUGCUCUUUUAACCAAGAAUCAACAUUAUUUUACGUCCAUAUCUAUAAAGAAUCCAGGGAUUUAAUCAUUUAUUCACAAGAAUUUUCAACGUAAAAGCUCUUGCAUGUGUUCCCUCUCAGUCAGGUUUGACUAUUAAUUGGUCCCGCGCCCCAUCACUUUAUUAUCAAGUCUAUAAAGGAGUAUAUUGAAUAGGCUACUCACGCGACACCACCACAACGCAGACACAGACCAUGUAGAGCAGCGGUCUCAAACCGACUCCACAAAGGGCCGCAGUGGGUCCUGGUUUUUGUUCCAACAGAUCCAGCACAAACAGUUCAACCAAUGAGGUUUCUACUAACAUAAGCAGCACCUGAUUGCAAUCAACUGAUUACACUUGUAAGAAACCAGAUUGGUGAAAAGGUAUUUGUCUCGUUUGGUUGGAAUGAAAUCCAGUACCCCCUGCGGCCCUUUGAGGACCGGUUUGAGACCACUGAUGUAGAGGCAUUCUCAUUAGCAUUUAGCGUGGCGAGCAUCAUCUUAAACUCUCGGGCAACCACAACAUCUCUGCUUUUAUGGUUGCUGUGGACCCUAACGAUGUGCGUAGAGCUACUCUUGCUAAUCCACUAGCAAUUGUAGCUGGGCUGGGAUGAAGGGAGGCUGCACCACAAGCAGCUAGCUGGCUAGUUGUGAUGUUCACAAUGUAGUUAUUGCAUGUAUGUCAAUGUAGUUGAGUUCCUGUGCCUUUGGGGGGAGCCAUCAGAGGUGUCGUUGUUGUGUGGAAUGCGGAAGUGGGUUAGUCUAAGUAAAGUUCUUGUUUGAAGCAAA